AUGGCAGCCAUCGAGAUUACUCCCAUUGUCAACAACUGCUGCGUGCAAUGCUGCAAAGAAGAGCAGUAUGGCGAUCACGACUAUUGCGUGUAA